UCUCUCUCUCUCUCUCUCUCUCUCUCUCUCUCUCUAGAAAUUUUUCGUUUCCUUAACUUGAAAAAAUAAUGUCAAGCAAGCUAUUAUCAUUAGCCACAGUUUUAGUAGGAUUUACAGUUUUAGUUGAGCUCUCCCUAGCACAAAAUUCUCCUCAAGAUUAUGUAGAUGCACAUAAUGCAGUUCGUGCACAAGUAAGAGUUCCUCCAAUCACUUGGAACAGAACAGUGGCUGCUUAUGCUCAAGAAUAUGCAAAUUCAAGAGUUGAAAAUUGCGAAUUCGAGCAUUCAUAUGGACCCUAUGGGGAGAACAUUGCAGAAGGUUAUGGUAAUCUAAACUAUGGUAAUCUAAACGGCGUCGAUGCGGUGGCGAUGUGGGUUACUGAGAAGGCUAAUUAUGAUCAUAAAUCCAAUUCUUGUGUUGGUGAUGAGUGCUUGCACUAUACUCAGGUUGUUUGGCGUAGCUCAGUUCAUCUUGGUUGUGGUAGGGCGAAAUGCAAGAAUGGGUGGUGGUUUGUUACUUGUAAUUAUGAUCCUGUAGGAAAUAUUGAGGGCCAACGUCCUUAUUGAAUUCAUAUUUCCUAAUAUAAUACAUAUAAGUUGAAUUA